AUACAGAGAAGAUUAGCAUGGCCCCUGCACAAGGAUGACACGCUUUCCCGGAGUGGUAGACCUACGGGUCUCAAUAUUUAUUUUAUUCCUUCUCGAUAUUUCGUUUUCAUGGCUGGUAUACAAGCAAGCUAUGCUAUCAUGACUCCCAGACAGGUCGAAAUCCUCCUAGAGCAUGUUUCCUUCAUACCACCAUCUGCUGUAUACUGUGUAACUUAUGUUGGCCUCACUUCCUUCCGAUCUAUCGUUGUAUAUUCUAUCAUUCUUGAGCCUACAUGAUAUCUCACAGCUCUAUGUGCUAUCUCGUAAAACUCGCCACUUCCUGCUGAAUCAUGAAUCUGAGAUAUACCAUCAACUUGCCGUAUCGCAUCGCUUUGUAGCCUCUGGUAAUUCUUUGCAAGAUGCAGUCUUAUCGGAAGCUCCUUCAAAGUGGCUUGAUGGUGUAAAGACAUGGAAAGACAUAGACGAUGGGCCAUCUUGGAACGCAAUUGGUCAGGUCGAGGAUCUGUCCUUGAGGGAGGAUAUGCUGCUUCCAGAGACUUUGGUCUGCAUGCCCGCGGUUUCGCUGUGGAUGAAAGCGAUGAGACUAUCCUGACUAGUGUCAUCUUCGGUAUGCUAACAGCGUUGGCUAUGGAGGAUAAUCGCAAACUCUGGAAUCUUCCGGAGGUGCGUCACUUCGAAUGGUCUGAGGGCUUCCUCGCCUUCGUCAAUACGGAAGGAAGUAUUGAAGUUUGGCGUCGUUCCACCGACGUACACUUUCAUCGUGGAAAGCCAAUAUCGACACCUCUGCUUUCCCCAUCACCCCUUGCGGCCGUUUCCAGUCAGUUUGAGAGGGCUGUCGACAAUACACCAGCGGCACACUAUGAGGAUGGCGGGGUGGAUGGAGAUGUCACGCCGACGUACGAACAACUUCGUGGACAAUACACGCCUCAUGCCUUCAUAGCGUCUCCGUACCAGCAACUUGUGCGAUGGUUUCGAUUCCGGUAUCCAGUUGUGGCUUUCAUCACACAUGUCGAACCGUACACGAUACACCUGUACGAUAUUGCUCAGGGAGUGCACAUACGCUCCGUUGACAUUGACCAAGUUCGACAAUCUGGCUCACGGUCUAUGCCAGGUAAUUCAUUCCUUAUGAACACGCCGCCAAUAGACCUACGUCUGUCGGAUAGCUAUGUCGCGGCUUGUUUUGACUCCGGCGUCAUUGUACUAGCUAUUCGAGCAGCAGACGAGACCCGAUUUUCUCCUGUCAUUAUAUGCGAGAACGAGAAUUCGCUCGCGUUACAACAAGCUGUAUUGCAGUUGCGCAAAGUUCCUCGAUCUGAGCUCCUCCGUCAACGCAACCAUGAUUUCGACUCUUUCGCCGAUAAAGACCGUGAACAGGAUUCUACCAAUUCGGUGAGAGCACCAGGCUUAUUCGCAAUGGAACGGUUCGAAGUUGUGCCACCAACCCCCGAGGCGAAAGCUGCGGCCGCUGGAGCUCUAGUAAUCCACGGAGAGGAAACGCGUAUAUCUCCUUGUUUUGCUUCGCUGGAAUUUUCUCCGGACGAACGUCGUUUAGUCAUUGUGACGGGAUUCGGUCUACUCUACCUGAUACCUGACUUUAGUCGUAUUGCGCGAGGGCUGACUACCGUUGAAAAGAUAGUUCAAAGAGUCCAUAUCGGUACACCUCUCAGUCAUAUCUCAUGGGGUGACCGCUCAAGAAGGUUUGCGCUGAAGACCGAGGAAGGCGACACGUUUAUUAUAGACCUCGAACCAUCAUAUCACUCGCCCUCGUACCCACGACGCUCAAGUCCGGUCUUGCAGAAAGCCCUAGUACAUCGACUCGCCGAUUUCCGCAUGUCGAACCUCAAUUUAGUUUUCAUCCAUAUGCAAUUGACUCGCACGCGGCUGUGGCUUGUUUGGGAUCCGCAGACCUUGCUCCAUGUGGUUUUGGCGAACCAGGGGACUAGGGCUAUGAAAGGGCAUUUGGUUACUGAGAAUGAAUGGAGAGAGAAGGACGACGAUGUCACCCCUUUGCCCAAGUUCAAUCCUAGAUCUUAUGGCACGUCGGUCUGCUUCAUAGAUUUCACCCCCGACAUUCAGUAAUUCUUAGAUGUCUUAUUUCACUAGUAGGGCUAAAUAGUUGCGAGGGUAGCUACGUCUUCAUGAAAGUACGAAUUGCGACGCUGUAAAACUAUAGCAUAUAUUUGUGU